UUGAAGUUGGAAUUACUGAUUGUAAAAGGUGAAAUUUCAAAGAUGAUGAAAUUGGCAUUCGCUGAUAUAUCAAAAGAACCCAGUCGGAAUAAUUCUACUUGCAUAUCAACUCAAUUAAGUAGCCCACUUGUUCUCAGUGGUCUCAUCCUAACAUUGAUCGGUGUAAUCCUUGGAAUUAUAAUAAUAUUCAUUAGAAAACUACACUCGACAACUAGACUGAACAUUAUCUUCAUGGUUAUAACCAUGAUAAUUUUGUUUGUUGGUAUUGCGUUACUAAUGUCACCUGCACGAUGGUAUGAAAUAACUAUUUAUGUACCUUUGGCUAGCAUAUUCUGCGUCUUAGCCUAUUUUUUGGGCGUAAAUCUACAACUUUCGAAAAAAAAGUGGAAAAUAAUCUUGUUCGCGAUCUGUUGUGUAUCAUUAGUAGCUGGAUUCAUUCUUUGCGUUUUAGGGUCGACACUGAAUAAGCAUGCUUUACAAGGUUUAGCCUGGAUUUGUUGUUGCUGCAUAAUGUUUAUUGUGAGUCUGUUCACAGCAUACUAUCUGAAUGUGCAGAACAAACAAGGAGACUGCUCUAUAUCAUACAUAUUUUUCGUAUGGAUUUAUGAAUAUACCGCAUUUGUCAUCAUAAUACAAUUUAUUUUAAAUUUACUAAUCGAUUGUACUUCGAACGAUAUUAAUUCCAAAAUGACAAUGAUUGCGCAGGUUUAAUGGAUGAAUUUUCAUUGAGUAUCUAUAUUAGUUUACAAAUAUUCACAGAUAUUCAUUUGGAGUAUUGUGAAGAUUUUUGUUAA